AUGGACGUCGUGGUGACGCUGCCGGCGCCGGAGACGAGGGACUGGUCGGAGCUCCCGCCGGACGCGCUCUCGGUGGUCUUCGCCAAGCUCGGCGCCGUGGAGAUCCUCAUGGGGGCAGGUCUGGUGUGCCGCUCAUGGCUCCGCGCGGGCAAGCAGCCUCGCCUGUGGCGACGCGUCGACAUGGCGCACCACCAUGCGGCUUGUUGCGCAAUGGCGAACGUGGCCGUGGACCUCUCUGACGGCCGGCUGGAGGUGUUCGAGCCGAACAGCUUCGUUAACGAUGACCUCCUCGUAUAUGUUGCCGACAGUUGUCAGGUAACUGUAUUUCGGAAGAUAAAUAUAAUGAUUCUAGUGAAUUCGUAUACGGGCAGGUCGCCUUGUGUGAAGAGCCUCCGUCUCGAGUGUUCCUCGCCGAUGGUCUCCGAAAGGGGAUUAGCCCAGCUGAUCAGCAUGACUCCGCAGCUGGAGGAACUCGUGCUGCAGUGGCCUCUCCAUACCACGCACCUCGACGUGGCUUCGCUUGGGAUCGCAAAGCUGCACCAGCUGCGGCACCUCAAUGUUCUCGCCGACAACACGAUCGAUGACAAAAAGGAGCUGACGAACAUCAUCGACGGCUGCCCUCACCUGGAACUUCUCGACGUAAGCAGGUCCAUCGUGUUUGACGUCGUCGACGAUGUGCUACUAGCCAAGUGUGCCACGAUCAAGAUCACUCUCAAGCCGCCCUUCUUCUUUGAUAUUGGUGCUAUCGACUUAUGAUCGAUC